AUCAGUGGAAUCGUGUCAGUUGUUAUUAAAACAUCAAAUGGGAAUCUAUUGUGAAAUUAACCUCUUUAAGACACCUGAGGACGGUGUGUUCACACCAGGAAGUAAGGUGUCCGGCAUUAUAAAGUACAGUCUUGAUCAAGUGACAGUUUUUGAUAAAAUCACAAUAUCGUUGAACGGACAAGGUAAUCUUGUUGUACGCGAAAGAAAUAAUAAAAAUAAUGAUACGUAUACAAACAAGGAAGUUUAUGCACAUAUUGACAAUGUUAUUGAUAAUGGAAAGGGUAAUGAACAUGGAAUUGGUAUGUACGAAACUACAUUUGAUUUCAUAAUACCUGAUGAUGUACCAUCUACAUUGCAUUACCACGACAGAAAUGGAAGUUAUAGUAUAAAGUGUGAUAUUGCUUACUACAUUAAGAUCAAAUUUGAAAGACCAGGAUUUCUUCAAUUUCCUACAAAAUUUAAAAAGGAAUUUAUUGUUAAUUCAGAAUACAAACCGACGUUACCAAAUGAGCCUCUUAUAUAUGGAGAACAAACCAAACUAUUCCAGUUUUGUGCUAGCAGGAAUAACAUUGUUAACAUCAAAGCAAAGAUAAAGAACUCGGUGAUACCAAUUGGUGGCAAUAUAUACCUAGAAUAUGAAGUAACCAAUGAUACAGAUAAAAUUGUGAAAAGUGUUGAAGUAAAAUUAGUGGAAGAUUAUGUAUUUACAACUAAGAGCGGAAGAAAAUUCAAUUUAUCAAAAGAUGUUGAUAAAACAGACACAAAGACUGGCACAAUUGAAAGUGAUGAGAAGGAAAACUUAAAUACUGUUGUUAAUGUACCUUCUGAUAUAAAAUCGGAGAGAUUUUCAAAGAUUGCAUUUAGGAAUUUUAUUGUAAGACUAACAGUUGGAUUACCGUUUCCUCAUUUUAAUCUUGUACUUGAUAUUCCUGUGGAAAUUUGUGACGACGAAAUAGGUAAAUAUCAGGACUCUGAUGCUGUAGGAGUUGAUAGAGAAGAUCCCCCUGGAUACGACUCUCCUCCUCCGUACUGGGUAGCAAUGGGAGCAGUCACAAAAGAGGACGCAUUUUUUGGUGAAAAGACAUACUUAUUUGAUAUAAGUCAUACAUAGGUAAACAGCUAUAAUCACGCAUUUUUACGCGUUUGAAAGAGUCUACAUCUUUCCACUUUAAAUUAUAGAUCAAAUGAUUUAAUGUAAAGUGUUUUAAUUUAAAUAUUAGUACUAGAAUAGUCAUAGAAAAUCAGCGUAUUGUUCUAUCGUUGAGUUAUGACCUCUAUGUAUUGCUGCAAUUCACACCCUUAUUAAUUUGUUAUUUCAUAUGUACAUUGCAAAUUGUGUUUAGCAAUUCAAAUAAAUGAAUUAUGUUUCCUUAUCUAUCUAUAAUUAAAUAAAAAUAACCGCAUACAAUAGUUUAACAAGACUAUUUAUCGAAUGUUGUGGUGUAAUAAAUAAAUGUCACUAUUUUAUUUGA